CGCCGGGAAGCGUAGUUCCAGCCGCCCACCGCCGGGCCCGCUCCCACCGCCCGGGAGGGGAAGGGAGGGCACGGAGCGAUCCCAGAACACACCGGGGCCGCCCGCGCCCCAGCCCCGGCCCCGCCCGGCCGCCGAGGGGUGGGGCCCGGUGGCGGCGUGAUGAGGAGGCGGGUGGGGUCGAGGACUGAAUUCCUAUAAAAAAUGCUGGUGACGCAGAUCUGACCUAUGGUAAUACCUUGAAAGAGUAUGAACAUUUCAGCAAACUGCCUCUUCAGUGGUUCCUCGUUAGCAUCUGAAGUGCAUGCUGCUGCCGUUAAUGGAGAUAAGAGUACCCUCCAAAAGCUAAUAGCAGGCAACUCUGAGCUGAAAGAUAAAGAGGACCAGUUUGGAAGAACUCCACUUAUGUACUGUGUAUUGGCUGACAGGCUGGACUGUGCAGAGGCACUGCUGAAGGCUGGAGCUGAUGUUAAUAGAGCUGAUCGUAGCAGAAGAACCGCUCUCCAUCUUGCUGCUCAAAAGGGAAAUUACCGCUUCAUGAAGCUUUUACUGGCUCGUAGAGGGAACUGGAUGCAGAAGGAUUUAGAGGAUAUGACACCAUUACAUUUAACUACACGUCACAAAAGCCCAAAAUGUUUAGCCUUGUUGCUAAAGCAUAUGGCACCUGGAGAAGUGGAUACCCAAGACAGAAACAAGCAAACUGCAUUGCAUUGGAGUGCCUACUACAAUAACCCAGAGCACGUGAAACUUCUCAUAAAACAUGAUUCAAAUAUUGGAAUCCCUGAUAUUGAAGGAAAAAUCCCACUUCACUGGGCAGCAAACAACAAGGACCCUAGUGCAAUUCACACAGUGAAGUGUAUUCUGAUUCAGCAGUGCUUGGUUACAUGAAAACGUUGGGAAGAUGUAAGGAGAAAAGAACAGAAUAAGGUUCCAUUAAUAUGAUGGAAGCAACUGCUUAGUACUCUCUGUCUAUUUUGUAUCUCUUCUCUUUAUUUAUUCUUCAUGGAAGCGGCACCUACAGAAUCUCUGCUUAACUGGCAAGACUAUGAAGGACGAACUCCCCUUCAUUUUGCUGUUGCUGAUGGGAAUGUAGCAGUUGUUGAUGUCCUGACCUCCUACGAAGGCUGCAAUGUGACAUCUUAUGACAACCUGUUUCGAACUCCCCUUCACUGGGCAGCCUUACUAGGUCAUGCACAGAUUGUCCAUCUCUUAUUAGAAAGAAAUAAGUUUGGAACUAUCCCAUCUGAUAGUCAAGGUGCAACACCCCUACAUUAUGCAGCACAGAGCAACUUUGCUGAAACAGUUGAAGUAUUUUUGAAACAUCCUUCUGUAAAAGAUGACUCAGAUCUUGAGGGAAGAACAUCCUUCAUGUGGGCAGCUGGCAAAGGCAGUGAUGAUGUCAUUAGGACUAUGCUGACUUUAAAAUUGGAUAUUGAUAUCAAUAUGACAGACAAAUACGCUGGCACAGCCUUACACGCUGCUGCCCUUUCUGGCCAUGUCAGCACAGUGAAAUUGCUGUUGGAACAUAACGCACAGGUGGAUGCUUUGGAUGUCAUGAAACACACUCCGCUUUUCCGAGCCUGUGAGAUGGGACACAAAGAAGUGAUACAAACACUCAUUAGAGGAGGAGCAAGAGUAGAUUUGGUUGACCAAGAUGGCCAUUCACCCCUUCACUGGGCAGCCCUGGGAGGAAAUGCUGAUGUGUGCCAAAUCUUGAUAGAAAAUAAAAUCAACCCUAACGUGCAGGAUUAUGCAGGUAGAACACCUCUGCAGUGUGCUGCUUAUGGAGGCUACAUUAACUGCAUGGUAGUCUUGCUGGAAAACAACGCAGAUCCAAAUAUUCAGGAUAAAGAGGGAAGAACUGCUUUGCACUGGCUCUGUAACAAUGGUUACCUUGAUGCUAUAAAGCUGCUGCUUGGUUUCGAUGCUUUCCCUAAUCAUAUGGAGAACAGCGAGGAGAGAUAUACUCCACUUGAUUAUGCCUUGCUUGGUGAACACCAUGAAGUGAUUCAGUUCAUGUUAGAACAUGGGGCUCUGUCUAUAGCUGCCAUACAGGACAUUGCUGCUUUCAAAAUUCAAGCUGUCUACAAAGGAUACAAAGUUAGAAAGGCUUUUCAAGAGAGGAAGAAUCUCCUAAUGAAACAUGAACAGCUGAGAAAAGAUGCUGCUGCCAAGAAACGUGAAGAGGAAAGUAAAAGAAAAGAAGCUAAGCUACAGAAAGGGGUACAGACUGUGGAACAAAACAGGCUUCGAGUACAACAGAAUCCUGCAAAUCGAGAGAAGGCUACCAGCAACUCACAGUUACCUAAUAAACCCGUUGAUGCACAGAGUAAGAGAUCUCUGUCCCUCAAUGGUUCGCAAAUUCAGCUAGGGAGAAACGGUAGAGGUUCACCUAAAGCUUGUCACAACAAAGGGACACCAAAGGAGAGUUGCCUGUCAGCCGAGCCUCAGAGUGAAGGUCAUAAAAUCAGGAAAGAUUCACUGAGGAAACACACAAAAAGCAAGUCAAGUUGUGUCCAUUUCCAUUGUGGCAAAGCAAAAGAGGGAACAAAAGUUGAAGAGAAACAUCAGGUCGCAGCUGCUACAGAACUGGAUGGAGAAAAGCACAAGGAGCACACUGUCGACGCAACGGGUGCUAGUGCUCGGAGGAGCAGAAGGCAUAUUACUGCUGCUUGUAGGACUGCGAGUGUUGGGGAAAAGCUAAGAGAUCAAAGUCAGCCUUCACCUGGCAGCAGGGACCGUUGUGAAGGAACGGCUGUGUUCUUCUGCAAUGUCAGCUGUACUGGCGGAGUUGCGAGAAACUCGAAGCAGCGUGGAGCUUCUUCCAAAAGCAAAAGGCAUCAGCAGAAAUCCAGAAAUAAAGAGGUAAAUGAUGAGCGAUGUUCACCAGCUGGCUCUAGUAGGCCAGGAAGUGCCAAAACAGUAUUUGUAAACACCAGAAAUGACAGUGUGCAUGCUGUAGAACAAACUAACAGAGUGGGAAAUAACGAGUUAGCAAAAAAGGCCUCCCCUUUAUUGUCUGCUGAGGCAGAACCUACAGGAACUGUGCCAAGAAACCCAGCAGCGUGUUCUGCUCCUGAUGACAGUUUGAACUUGGAAAAAACAGGCGUAAUUGGAUCCAGGAAUGCAGAUGAUCAAUCAUGUUCUGUCGCAUGGCAAAGUACAAAUAUUGAACUGAUCCCUUUAGAGAUUCGAUUGCAGAUUAUAGAAAAAGAAAGAAAAAGAAAAGAACUGUUUCGAAAGAAGAACUAUGCUGCUACAGUCAUCCAGAGGACAUGGAGAAGUUACCAGCUAAGACAGGAGUUGUUUCAGCUUCUUAGUGCUAAGCGGCAGUGCAAAGAAGAUGAAGACAAAUGGAGACAAGAGACAGCUGCCUUCUUCAUUCAGGUUGCCUGGAAGAAACAGCUGAACCAUAGCCUUCUGAAAUCAGUUCCUUCAUGUAAAAACCUGAAACCUGUAAACAAAACCAGCUCGGCCAUAAAACCCAGCAAGCAGUCCAUCCUGAAGCAGAUAUAUGGCCGUUCUCAGGAAGGCAAAGCCUAUCAGCCAACAAGACCUCCUUCCAAGCUGAAGCUUUCUGAUGUGCAGCUGGUCUCAGUAAACAACCUACAGUGUGUUAAUUUGCUGGAGAACAUGGGGAAGUCAAAGCAAUUUUCAUACAACAUGAGACCAACCACAGCUGCAAAAACAAAAACCACAAGACUCAAGCACUAAGCAAAGCUGAAUGUUUGGAUUUAAAAAGCAUGUUCUGGUACGACCAUUACCUUUCAUCAUGUGCAAGUCAUCCACAACGUAUUAAACCUGAACAUACUUGCCAUUUUGUAUUAUGCCAGCAUUACAGGCCACACAGACUUCUAAGGAGUUGGACUCAUUUUGAGUAUUAAUCAGUUUUUAAGUGCAACUGUUAAUUUAUUUACUGACAGGAUGAAAUCCGAAUUGCAUUUGGAAACCGAAACUGAAGCGCUGAGCGCAGCCCUACAGCAGAAGUGCAGGGGCUUCCAAAGUUUUCUGUUGUCAAAAGUAAUUUUGAAUGUGUUCAUCAAACCCAGUUUCAGAGGAGAGGGAAACCGUACUGAAGAUGCAACAGUUCUGAAAGACAGGCACAGAAGAACAGCCUUCACUCUCCCCUUUGGUACUAAAGACACAGUCAUUUCUCAGCUAGCUAUGGAUUUGGAAGGAAGAGUAGAGAUGUUGACAAAAAACUCAGUAAAUAAAUGGCUUUCCACUGCCUAUGGAAAUUGUUAGGGUCAUGUUUUCCAUCAUUGAGAUUAUCACCAAUUUUUUCCAUAACUGUUUUUAUACCUGCACAGAAAGAAUUUUUAUGGAAAGCAAGAAAAGAUGGGACCUCUUCUAGAAGAAAACUUGUUCUUAUAAUAGCUUUGGAGCUGCCAGCAUACAGUAUUUACCUUGCACAAAGUGUUUAAAAAUAAGAGCUGAGCACAAAUAAAAUGAUGUUACUCUAGUUUCUAUGUAAA